ACUCGCGGAAAAAUCAUACCCCCUUAUUUCCGAAUUCAUCAUCGAAGUUUGUGAAGCAAUUUAUGAAUCAUUAAUGGAAUUUAUCAAGAUUCCCACUUUUACAGACUGGAAAAUAAUUGAAAAUGGUUUUCGAGAACAGUGGAACUUUCCAGGGUGUUGUGGAGCAAUCGACGGCAAACAUGUCGUCAUUAAGGCACCCCCUGAAUCAGGAAGUUUAUACUACAAUUACAAAGAGACAAACAGCAUUGUCUUAAUGGCUGUUGUAGCACAAAUAUUGCUUUAA